ACAUCCUGCCUCGUGAGAAGAAAACAUAGCCCGGAUGGUGGAGGUCUUUCGAGGCUGCUUUCUUGUGGCACCACUCUUAGUAAAUGUGCUCAGUGAUGGGGAGGGGUUCGCCUGUGAUUAUGAGGUUAAUCAUUCAGCCGUGGUUUGGCAUUAACCAGAACUGCAGACCUCCUUUAUAACGGUAUAAAGCAACCGACAGAGAUAAAUAGAGGCAAUUCCACAGAAUCUGCCCCACAGACUAACUCCAUGUAAGUUGAGCCCCAUCACGGGAGCCAGCACCGCUCAAUUCUCACACCGAACGCCUGCCGGUGAGUAUGGGUUUACUAGUGGAGGGAUCGCCACUGAACUGGGAAGAGACCAAAAAGUACGCGGAUCACAUCCGCAAACACGGCAUCAUCCAGUUCCUCAACAUCUACCACAAGGUGAAGGACCGACAGAAGGACGUGCUGAAAUGGGGCGAUGAGGUUGAGUAUAUGCUGUUGUCAUUCGAUCACGAGCAUCAGAAAGUUCAGUUACUGCUUCAGGGAGAAGAAAUUCUCCAUGAACUGCAAAAUCGAGGAGAGAAGGCAAAUCCCAACCACCCAACUCUUUGGAGACCCGAGUAUGGAAGCUACAUGAUUGAGGGGACACCUGGGCAGCCCUAUGGAGGGACCAUGGCAGAUUUUAACACUGUAGAAGCAAAUAUGAAGUUACGACGACAGGAGGUGUUUGCCUUGUUGAAACCAAAUGAGACCAUCAGCACCAUUACUGCUUUCCCCAGGCUUGGAUGUCACCAAUUUACAAAACCUGUAUAUGAGCCAAAACCAAUUGAAAGUGGAGCCUCUAAGUCUCUGUUCUUUCCAGAUGAAGCAAUUAACAAACAUCCAAGAUUUAGCACUUUGACUAGGAACAUUCGUCACAGAAGAGGAGAAAAAAUAGCCAUUAAUGUACCAAUUUAUAAAGACAAAAAUGUGUCUUCCCCUUUUGUUGAGAAGUUUCUGAAUGACGAUGGAGAAGCUGCAAGAGCAACAAAACCUGACCACAUCUAUAUGGAUGCAAUGGGGUUUGGAAUGGGCAAUUGUUGCCUUCAGGUGACAUUCCAAGCUUGCAGCAUCUCAGAAGCCAGGUAUCUUUAUGACCAGCUUGCUACAAUUUGCCCUGUUGUGAUGGCUUUGAGUGCUGCUUCACCAAUCUACAGAGGCUAUGUGUCAGACAUAGAUUGUCGCUGGGGUAUAAUUUCUGCUUCUGUGGAUGAUCGAACCAGAGAAGAAAGAGGCUUGGAGCCUCGCAAACACAGCAAAUACAGGAUUAGUAAAUCCAGGUACGAUUCCAUUGACAGUUACCUCUCCAGGUGUGGGGAGAAGUAUAACGAUCUGGAAUUGACCGUGGAUGAUGAAAUCUAUAAGCAACUUCGAGAAGGAGGUAUUGAUCAUCUGCUGGCACAACAUAUUGCUCAUCUUUUCAUUCGAGAUCCUUUAACGCUCUAUGCAGAAAGGAUACAUUUGGACGAUGCCAAUGAAUCUGAUCACUUUGAGAAUAUACAAUCCACAAACUGGCAAACAAUGAGAUUCAAGCCACCACCCCCAAAUUCUGAAAUUGGAUGGAGGGUUGAAUUUCGGCCAUUGGAGGUCCAGUUAACAGACUUCGAGAAUUCUGCUUAUGUGGUCUUUGUUGUGCUGCUAACCAGAGUGAUACUUUCCUAUAAAUUAGAUUUUCUUGUUCCACUCUCAAAAGUGGAUGAGAACCUGAUCGUGGCUCAAAAGCGCGAUGCUGUUCGUCAGGGAAUGUUCUACUUCAGGAAGGACAUCUACAAAGCUGGAAACCCAGUUGUUGAUGGCUGUGCUUGUGCACAGAAUGGCGUUGAUUCGGAUUCUGAGGAGUAUACAUUAAUGAGCGUAGACACUAUCAUUAAUGGCAAGGAAGGAGUUUUCCCAGGUUUGAUUCCAAUUAUAAACUGUUACCUUGAGAACAUGGAGGUAGAUGUUGAUACGCGGUGUAGCAUUUUAAACUACCUCAAGCUGAUCCGAAAGAGAGCUUCAGGAGAACUGAUGACUGCAGCAUGUUGGUUAAGGAACUUUGUUGCUCAUCAUCCUGACUACAAGCAAGACUGUAUUGUGACUGAUAAAAUCAACUAUGACCUAAUUAUGAAAUGUGACCAAAUUGCAAAGGGUUUGCAUGACUGUCCAAAGCUGCUUGGAGAAGUGGUCAGUAAACCGAAACAUUCGGAUAGCAAGCACAGCACUGUUUAAUAUCAUGGUGUUGUCUACUUUUGUUAAUGGUACAGAUUUUUGUAGGGCGCUGAGACCAAGAAUGUCAGCAAACUAAUAAGCAGGGCCAACCAUAUAAAUUAAGUCUUUAUUGAUUGUUUAAUCAGUGCAGAUUUCUGCAUUACAUUUGGUAGGUAACAUCAAAGCAAUAUGUACAUACCGUUUUUUAGAUAAGUGUAUUUUAAUAUCACUAACAUGGGUUGUUGCACAAAUUCUGCUGUAGAUACAAAUGGAGAAUUGUACUUUAUAUAUAAUUUUCUUAUCACCAAUUCCAUUGCUCUUGACUGUAAAUAUCCCAAAUUAAGCUGUUGGAUCAUGUCUGAACAAAUAAUGAAACUUGUAAGAUGUUUAUAUUGAAUGUUUUAACUAAAAGAAAUCCACUAACUUAAAUGUUCCUGUAGCCAUAUUGUGUGAAAUAUUCACCAAAAAUGCAAUGGUUUGUAAACUAGUUUAAUGGACGGGCCUUGGCAAAGGAUAGAUGAAAUAUCUUGUUUUUGAUUGCAUUGUUUUAGGGAGGAAUUUCAGUGAGAAAAAUAAAGCCAAUCAAGGAGAUGGAAUUGUAAGCUUCAUCUUAAUAAAUUUACUGUGGGUGUGGAAGUUGGAAUAGCUGCUGUACUGACAUAACUUCCUUCCAUGGAAAUUAAUUUUUGCUAGUUGAGUGUUUUUCCAUGUUGAUUAUUUGCUCUCCAGGACGAAUGCUCAGUUAUCUGCUAAAUAUAGUCUCCUUGCUGUUAUCCAUCAAGUAAAUUGCUUUGAAAGGAAUUUGGAAUACAUUAAAUUAUGUCCAACAGCAUCACCCCCCCCCCCCCCCCAACAAUACUGUAUUGGCUUAAUAGAUCGCAGUUUAGUCUUGAGAUCUAAAAUGCCAUGGGGGUGCCACAGUAGAAUAGUAAUUAGUGCGCGCUAUUACAGUUCCACAGUUCGGAGUUCAAUACCCAGCACCGUCUCUAAGGAGUUUCUACGUUCUCUCCAUGACUGCAUGGUUUUCAAUGUCUGAAGUAAAUUAACUAUCAAAUUACAUAUGUCACCAUAUACAAUCAUGAGAUCCAUCUUCUUGCAGGCAUUCACAGUUAAUACAAGAAACACACUAGAAUCGAGGAAAAAUACCCCUAACGGGAUGGACAAAUAAUCAAAAGAUAACAAACUGUGGAAAUAUGAAAGAAAGGAGGGAAAAAAUAAUAAAUGACUGGGAACUAAAUAUAUAGAGCAUGAGUCCUUGACAGAGUCCAUAGGCUGUGGGAACAGUUCAAUGAUGGGGUGAGUUAUUCCUUCUGGUUCAAGAGCCUGAUGGUUGAAAGGUAAUAAGUUUCUGAAUCUGGUGUUGUGGGUCCUGGGUCUCCUGUACUGCACCCAACUGGAUGGCAGUACUGAGAAGAGAGCGUGGAGAAGAUAGACCAAUGCGAUAGUGGUCAUUAUAAAUUGUACCAUAAUUAGGGUAUUGUUAAAUAGGUGGGUUGCUGGACCAGAAGGGCCUGUUCUGUACUGUAUAUCUAAAUUAAAAAAAAAUAAAAUCUACCAGGCACGAAUCAAUGAUUAUCAUACAUGUUAUCGGCUCUUGUGCAUAGAGUUAUUGAAUAAAUUUUGUUUCUUAAAGUUCUUA